CUUCUCCCUUCUCUUUAAUUGUCACACUUCACAAAAUCUUCACCCGCAAAUCUUAUGCUGAAAAAUGGUUUCCGGGUUAAUUGGGUUUUCAGGUCAGCCCACUCUAAUAAGCUACCCAUAACUGGGAUGACACAACUGAGCAUCUCAACCUUUAAUAAGAUUUUGAAUGUUACAUCUCAGUCCAUUCUUCGUUAGAUCAACGAUAAAGCAAUCAAAUGAAGGUUACAUCUCUCCUUCCAGCAUAUUACUCAAAUGGAACAUUUCAACCUUCUAAGCUUUUGAUAGACCAUAAAUAGGAAUCUAACCUGUCUUGCGAAAUCCAUCCUGUCAUGGCUGAAAUGUUCUGGGCAUUGGCUUUGGCUUGCCUCUGCUGGCCUCUGGCCCUCAGCAAUGCCCAAGCACCAGAAUCUACACCCGCAAAAUUACCAACCAAAACACCAGCAGCACCUUCUAACUUGCCAACUAGAGUUCCUGCUGCAAGGCCGACCUCUUCAGCCGCACCAGUAUCAGCCAUGAAACCCCCUGUUGUGGCAUCAACACCAUCCACUUCUUGGAGACCACCAGCAGCAACCCAGCCACCUGCAACCUCCAAAGUGCCAGCUGCAAGGCCUGCCUCCUCUGCUGCACCAUUAGCAGCUGCAAAAGCUCCAGCUGUGGCAGCAACACCAUCCACUUCUAGUAAACCACCAGCAGCAACACAGCCACCUGCAACCUCCAAAGUGCCAACUGCAAGGCCUGCCUCCUCAGCUGCACCAUUAGCAGCUGAAAAAGCCCCUGUUGUGGCUGUUAGACCUACCACUUCUGCUGCACCACAAGUGGCUGCAAAAGCCCCUAUUACAGCUGCAAGGCCCGCCUUGUCUGCUGCACCGCUGGUGGCUGCAAAACCCCCCGUUGUGGCUGCAAGGCCUGCCUUGUCUGCUGCACCGCUGUUGGCUGCAAAACCCCCCAUUGCGGCUGCAAGGCCGCCCUUGGCUGUUGCACCGUUAGUGGCUGCAAAACCGCCCAUUCUGGCAGUAACCCCUUCCACUUCAAGCAAACCACCAACAGCAACUCCCACAUCUGCACCUGUAAAACCCCCAGCACCCAAGGUUACACCAGCUAUCAGCCCAAAAGCCCCAACCCCUAAAAUUCCACCACCACAACCACCAAAAAGUCCACCCGUAGCAACUCCCAUACUGCCACCACCAUUAACACCAUCACCAGUUGCUUUACCACCACUAUUGCCACCUCCAACAAUAUCCCCAACACCAGACCAGACACCUCCAGCACCAGCACCAGCAAAGAAAAAACCAGCACCAGCUCCUGCACCCAAAAAGAAAGCACCAAUACCAUCACCUGUUCCUUCACCAUUGAUGGCCACACCAGCACUAGCCCCAGCACCAGUGGUGGAGACACCAGCCCCAGCACCUGAAGAAGACGUACCAGAACCACCUCCCCACAGGCACAGGAGAAGGAAGAAAAGUCAUAAACACAAGCACAAGAGACACCAAGCACUCAGUCCAGCGCUUGCACCCACAACUAUCCGGAGUCCCCCAGCACCACCAACAAGUACAAGUACAACGACUGUGGAUUCAGAAGAAGACACAGCACCAGCUCCAAGCCCAAAUUCAAAUGGGGCAACAUCAUACAAUCAACAGGUGGGCAAGUCGAGAAUAUGGGCAUCAACGGGACUUGCUACUGCCAUUUUCCUUGCCAUCACUGGCUUCAUCUGCUAGCACUCUCGUAUCCAAGGAUUCAAUCAAAAGUGCUAUUUGGCUUGCAAAAUAUGAAGCGAAGAGAACCAAUAAUGAAAUGCUACAACUAAAGGACAUGAUGGUGUUAUUUCAUUCUUUUUUCUUUUAUUUUUUAAUGUGUGUAUUUUUGCUUGGAAAUAUUUUUCAAAAUAUUUGCUUGGAUAUAAUAAUGAAUAUAAAUUUUCAAAUCA